ACGCCCGUUACACUCAAAAUUAUAGCCCGUGACCUGUUAAGUCCCCAAAACUCAUUUUAGUUCCAAAGUUAAAACAAAACUAUUAAAUCUAAUCCAAAUCCAAACCUUUGCCACUUUCAGUUUUAAUAGUUAAUACACACGCUACUUCUCUCUAUCUGUCUCUGUCGUGUGCCACUCUCUUUCACUCCGUGUGUCUCUCACACCCCAAAGUUUCUCUCUCUGUGUCUCUGAAAUGCAAAAAAGCAAACACAAACACAAACACAAACACAAACAGCACCACCACCUCGAUCUCUUCCACUAAUAAUUCCCUCUCUCUCUCUCUAGAAACACACAGUACACACACCGAAAUGCGAGCCUCCGUAGUAGUACCCUUGAUCUCGGUCUUGGUCGCCGUGUCCGUGUCGGUCGUUUACUCUCUCGUUCUCCCUCUGGAGAGGUCCUUCCCUUUAACUCACCGUGUCGAGCUCGACCAGCUCAGAGCCAGAGACAGAGCUAGACACGCUCGAAUCUUGCAAGGCUCUGUGGGUGGUGUUGUAGACUUCUCAGUCCAAGGCUCCUCCGAUCCUUACUUCGUCGGGUAUGAGUGGCUUUAUUUCACAAAAGUAAAAUUGGGCUCUCCUCCAAAAGAAUUCAAUGUGCAGAUUGAUACAGGGAGUGACAUCUUGUGGGUUACUUGCAAUUCCUGCAGUGAUUGCCCCCAAUCUAGUGCACUUGGAAUUCAGCUCAAUUUCUUUGAUGCUGCUAGCUCAUCAACUGCUGCACUGGUGUCGUGCUCAGAUCCAAUUUGCACUUCUGCAUUGCAAAGUACAGCCACUAUUUGCCCUUCUCAGAAUAAUCAGUGCAGUUACUCUUUUCAAUAUGGAGAUGGAAGUGGGACAUCGGGUUAUUAUGUGUCCGAUGCACUUUAUUUUGACAUGGUUCUUGGGCAAUCUUUGAUGGCUAACUCUUCGGCAACCAUUGUUUUUGGGUGUAGCACAUAUCAGUCUGGGGACUUAACUAAGACAGAUAAAGCAGUCGAUGGGAUUUUUGGUUUUGGACAGGGUGGUCUUUCCGUUAUUUCACAAUUGUCAUCUCGUGGCGUAACACCCAAAGUGUUCUCCCAUUGCUUGAAAGGAGAUGGCAACGGUGGGGGAAUAUUGGUUCUUGGUGAGAUUUUGGAGCCAGGCAUUGCUUAUAGUCCGCUUGUCCCAUCACAGCCUCAUUAUAAUUUAUAUUUGCAAAGCAUUGCUGUCAAUGGACAAUUGUUGCCGAUUGAUCCUUCAGUAUUUGCAACAUCAAACAAUCGAGGAACCAUUGUGGAUUCUGGAACAACUUUGGCGUACCUUGUGGCUGAAGCUUAUGAUCCUUUUGUUAGUUCUAUAACUGCGAAUGUUCAACAAUCUGUGACUCCCAUCAUUUCAAAAGGAAACCAAUGUUAUCUAGUCUCCACUAGUGUGAUCGAUAUAUUUCCUCAAGUUAGUUUAAACUUUGUGGGUGCAUCCAUGGUAUUAAAACCAGAAGAGUACCUUGUACAUCUUGGUUUCACUGAUGGUGCUGCAACAUGGUGCAUCGGAUUUCAGAGAGUUCAGGAAGGGGUAACAAUUUUAGGAGAUCUUGUUCUGAAAGAUAAGAUCUUUGUGUAUGAUCUAGCUCAUCAACGGAUUGGAUGGGCAAACUACGAUUGUUCGUUGUCCGUUAAUGUCUCUAUAACUUCUGGGAAGGAGUUUCUCAAUGGAGGACAACUGAGAGUGAGCAGUUCAACAAGGGACAUGCUCUUUGAACUGCUACCUACUGGCAUUAUCGGUUUCCUAAUUUAUACCUUGGUGUUAAAGUAGUUCCAGUUUUGGUAAAUUUAUACCUUAGGUUUUAGUUUUCAUUCUUUUUUCAAAAGGUAUUGGCUUGGCCGAUUCUUAUUUAUAGUGAUCGCCAAGGUUUGCUGCUAUUGUUUUAUUGGGGGAAGGUUAGCUGCUCUGUACUAUAUAAGUCUGCUCUAGUGAAUGAAAUUCGGCUCUCUCCUAAGGAUCCUCCAUCUUGAGCAUUGUGAGAAUUGUAAAUUACCCCUUUGGUAGUUUUGUUCAGUGGUUGUACCAUUUUAUGUAACAUUGGAAAUAAAGAAAAUUCUGUGUACCUACAAGCCUUCAACAUUUGAAGUAACGAGGAUAGAAAAGCUGUAUGUUGUUCAAAUUGAGGUAAUUUUUGUAACCAUGUAUCUUUGUUUGGUAGUGUAAAAAUGUUCAUAAUGGUUAUACUCUUUUA